AUGGCCGAGGUGGCGAGGGCAGCAGGCUCGCCGGCGCCGGCCGCCGGAGCAGAGGAGGUAGCGCCGUCAUGGUAUGGCGCUGAGUCCGGCUACCCUCCGCCGGAGGCCGCGUACAAUGAGGUCGUCGAGAACGUAGGGCUCUUCGUGGAGACGCUCGAGCGGCUGCACCGGCAGAUGGGAACUAAGUUCAUGUACGUAGUAGGGUUCCCUCCGAUCCCUCAAGGCUCUUCUUCUCCUUCUCUGUCGUGCCCUUGGAUUCCAUGAACGAGUUGUCUUCUCCUCGGACUUGGAAUGAUGUCGCAGAGAGAAGACGUCAUUCCUCGGACUCCCUUACGGCGGGAAGUUGAUUGAUCGCCUCCCACUAGAGCGGAGUGUCUUCCGGCUGGGAGGCCCACGAGGAAUUAGGAAAUGCCGUAAGGCUGUUGCUUAUUUCCUUGACGGCAUUCCUCGACCAAUGAUGAAAAAACUAGUAUAGUUGAUGUAGGUGGAGCCGUCACUACCGAGGUUUUUCUUAGGGUUUUGACCCUUUGCAAAUUAUUGCCACUGCUUAUUUGCUCUAUAUUACUUUCAAUUUUCCUUUAUUAUUUGGGUUAGGACGUGGGAUACUAUCCUGAUGGUAGCCCUUCCUUCUCUAGUCGCUUAGUGUGGAAUUGUGACGAGUGGAAUAUUUGAAAUCCACUUACGGUAAAUGACUACAUCACCUUAUUUACUGGUUGACUUAGAUUAUCAUUGGGAGCAGCGUGGACAGUUUUGUCUCUUUCUCGUGGAUUUUGUUUAUACGCUGUUUCUUUUGAAUAAUACCCUAAUUUAAGGACUAAAUUCAUCAUCUGUCAAUAAUGAUCCGGUUUAUAGAUAGCCUGUGAUCAGAAUACAAUGCCUGGCUCAGUUUGCCAUUAGAGUUCUCUGAAGGCCAAGCCAGUCCAGUAUAGUUAUCACAGGCUAAGGUGUUACACUCAAAACCCACACCAGAUUAAGGUGUGGGUGUUGAGUGUCUCUGGCUUAUGGAUAAAUCAGAAAUCCCAUGCAGCGCCAAGUGAGCCAUGCUUUAGUAGAAUUCAUGAAUGGCUGGGAAACAAGCUUGAUGCAUCAGGACAAUGAGGUUUUGAGGCCAUCGUGUCACAGUGGAAAGAUGUGGGGAUUCUUCGGAUUUCUGCAUUCUUGUUUUAGAGUCAAAGGAAAGCAUAUAAAAGAUAACUAAGCUAUUUAUAUAUUUUAUGACAUGUAAUUCUCUAAUGCUUUUCAGAAAGGCGCUCAAAAUAAAAAUAUAAGGUGGAACAAAUGAAUAGAGAAAUAUAUGAGAAGACAAUGAAAGGCCACAUGUGAAGUAAAUCCACCUAGAGAGAUGGCAGGGUUCGUAUUAUUGGAUAGUUUGGUGCUAGCUUGUGCCGUUUCAAAUGCUACUAGGGGGGCAUUUUUGAGAAAUGUGGUCAUCACUUUUUUUCAGGUUUAUAGAAGAAAAACAAGACGACUAAAAAGGGGCUUUAUGGAGGAAACUAAGAAUGAUACGAAAUUAGGCAUGAUUAACUUAAUUAUUUCCAUGAUUGAGUGGAAGGGGAGAAUAAUUUUUUUUCUUUAACAAAAUCAUGUGGAAUCUAGUGGAAUGCUGACCACCUUCAAUCAUUGGGCGUAGUGGUCCUUCUGUGUUGUCUGUUUCACCACCCGUGCUUGUAUUAGAUGUUGACUCCAAUACCCCUAUCUGUGUAUGGGUGUCAUUAUCCACUUAAUGAGGUCUUAUUACUUUCUAAGCAUAAUUAGGAUGUGAUUGUCACUUCUAACUUUAUAUGUAAUGCUAUCCUGCGGGUGGGCAGUGUCAUCUCAUAAAAGGGGAAAAGAAGACAACCCCAUUAAAGAAGCUUCCCUGUUCUUCUCUAGAGUAGGUAAUUUUAGAUUCUCAGAUCAGGUUUUGACACUAUUAAAACAUUAGACACAUGCUGGUCUAUCGAGUUUGGAAAUCGUCAUCUUCAUUAAUGGUGAAUAUUCUGCUUUGGAGAUCUGGUGGUAGGCUAUCGAUCAGCAACUGUGCUGAAUGUGAAUGGAUGGUAUCCACUUUAUUUGCAGUUUUGUGGAUGGAGUAUCUGUGGAGUAUUUGUUCCUUGGACGUCGUUUCUCACCCACUCUUCAUUCAUAGAAUGUACUCAUUUAAACCCCAUGAUAACUUUAUUGUCUGGCUUUUUUUAAGUGCACAUAUCUUCUUAGGCCCACUUGGCUGCCUUUUUUUUAAGUAUACAUAUUUCCUAGGGUCUACAUUGCUUAGAGGGUCGAAUGAAGGCUGAUAGUACAUGGGUUGAGGGUUUUCGGUAUUUUGAGAAGCUACAUUUGAGAGGCUAUGCUUCUUCAAUUAGUGACAUUUUGAAGGUCAUAGGUGAUAUCAAUUAGUGAUAUCCUGUUAGAAGAAAAAAGUCAGUCUCCAAGACUAUACAGAUAACAUCAAUUAGUGCCGUAAGUCCAUUUUCUAGAAUUUUGGAAUAAAUUUCCUUUCAAGGAUUUUUUUUUCCCAAAUAAAAUAACGAAGCUUCGAUUUUCCUCGUGUACAUAAAUAUUACACCUUAGUUGUUGUCCUCUCGAAAAUAACAAAGGAUAAAGAAAUGUACCUUUGGUAAAGUCAGUUUAAAUGCCAAAUACGAGUAGUCUCUGUAUUUCAGAGUCUAACUGGGGCUAAUCUGCCCAUGGGCAGUUAGGUUUUUCGUAUUAUUGCCAUCUAGCGUACCAUGUUAGUCAAACCUUGUCUUGGGUAUAAAAUUAUGAAAAUCUCUAUGCAAUGAGAUGUCUGGCCGAUGCUACUCUUAAUUGCAUAGUUGUAAAUUUACAUUUUCAUUCUGUUGCAGGGUGCCCAGAAUUGGUGGAAAGGCUCUUGAUCUGCAUCGCCUUUUUGUGGAGGUAACUUUACGUGGUGGUCUCGAGAAGGUAUACCAGAACCUGCUGGUUUCUUUAUUUCACAUUUCCGUACAUAGUGUUAAAGAUUUUAACUUUGCUGCCAGGAAGUGGAUUGCCAUUUGCCUCCAUGUUUUGUUUCUAAAGGCAGACAUUCUCUGAUUUAAAGGGAUAUUUCUGAACAAUUUGCUUUCAUUUAAACCUGGAUUUUUUUUUGGUUCCUGCUCGCAUUUGGAUUUGAUUUGGGCCUAGAAAAUAUUAUGUAUUUUCUGGUUCUAAAUCCCUUAUCCUACAGGUGAAUAACCUCUCGCCAGAGCAACUCGUUCUGAUUAUGAGUCCCUUAUCCAGUGUUCAAAAACUUUAUAAUUUGUGUAGAUUCUCUUAUUAGGUUUGUAACUGUAUAAGGAAGUGACUAAUGUGUCCCAGAUUAUGAUUAUGGUGGUAACUUGCAACUCCUAAAGUACGAAAACCUAGAAGAGUUUAUCAUCACAUAAUAUUGGCAGAUUAUAACUUGUAGAGAUGUUUGAGACUAAAUAUGAUAAGUCAACAACCCUCAACAGGGUCUCAUGAAAUUCGGAGGCUCAGUGGAGGAAUAUGAAGCAGGAAGAAACUCAGGCGUUGGUUCUCUGCUGCAUUCUAGUCUAAUUUGUUCCGAAAAGGGAACCUGUAGCAUGGGGUAUAGGUUGGAGUUGGAUUAAGAAUAAUUUCAGCAUGGAAGCAGCUGAUCUACGUGGUCUCUUCACUGAGGCAGAAACUAGAGCAGUGCCGUCUUUGGGGAGAAAUAGAGUUCUGGAGCAAACGGCUUUCCACCUUGCAUUACCAGGUUGUUGUGGAGGAGGACACAAUGGCAAUAUUGAAGGAAUUUUAGGAACAUUCAUGGUGAUCGAUGAAUUCCAUUGAUUUUCACAUCUUUUCUGUCUCUGGGCGUUAGAACUCCAGCUGCAGGUUUUCCCCCACACCAGGAAAACCUCUCCAGAGCUGGCAUCCUAUAGAGCAUUUUUUGUUUUAAAUAUCAUGCAAAGAGAUUCUAUGCAGUUGCCCAUCUUUUCUCUUUAUCAUUCAUUCCAGCAGACAAGAUCAGCACAGGUUUACAUUUGUCAAUCUCAUGGUAAGUAAGAUUUUGGAUGCUGGUUUCAAUUCAAAUCCCAAAGGUGAUAAAAAGUUUGAAAAACGAUGCUUCCAAAUCAGGAGUAUGUAUACGACAAUUUGUAAGAAGAGAGAUGAAACGACAAACUUUCUAAUGAUUUUAUCAGUUGUGUCACAGCUUAUAAUUAAGCAAUAGGAUCAUCUUUAAGCUCAUAAGUUGCCUGCUUUUUUUGGUCUCAGGUUAUCAAGGAGAGGAAGUGGAGGGAUGUUAUCGCCAUGUUCAAUUUUCCAUCAACAAUCACUAGUGCAUCUUAUGUGCUCAGGAAGUAUUAUAUUUCCUUGCUUCGCGUCUAUGAACAAGUUUAUUUCUUCCGAAACAAAGCUUCUGAUUCUUCAUUGAGUGGUACUUUUCUUAACUUCACUCCAAACAAAGUCCUCAGAAUUUUUUUUCCACCGAUCAAUAUUUACUAAUUGUCCUUUUUUGCAUCUUUCAUUUCAUCAGUAGCACCACCAUCUCAAGAGUCCAGGGUACCAUCUCAGGUGAAAGGAAUCGAGAGACACUCUCCACACCGUAUGUUUUAGUUUUCUCCCCUCAUUCACUUUGAUCGCUGUCUUUCCGAGAAAGGCAAUUAUUUUCGAUUCAGUGAGUCUCAUACAUUGUUGACAUCAAGAACAUCCCUCUAAUCUGAUGUUAAUCGUAAAGAAAAGACGCUUACCCAGGAUUAUACUGGAAUUAACUGCACCCCCAUUCACAAUUUACUUCGCCUAGUAGAAGCUACAGGCUAAAAGAAGUAAACCCAAAGGAUAUGAAUACGUCUUUCCUUCUCCGAUAUCAAUUUCAAUGGCCGAUUCAUGAGCUUUGUCAUUCUCUCCAGCAGCAGGUUCUUCUUUGCAAGAUGGUUCUUCAGUGAUUGGGCAGAUCACUGGAAAAUUUGACCAUGGGUAUCUAGUGACGGCAAAUCUCGGCUCGGAGCAGCUGGUGGGAGUUCUUUAUCACGUCCCUCGUGAACUUCCGGACCAGAACCCAUCAUACCUCAGCGCUUGCUUCCAUAGUAGGAAAAGGUCUAGGAAGAUGAUGAAGGACCCCUUUCGCCCUAAAUCAAACAGAAGCGGGUACAACUUUUUCUUUGCAGAGCAGUAUGCGAAGCUGAAGCCUCAGCAUUCCGGUGAAGAAAGUGCCAUCACAAAACAGAUUGGUCACUUGUGGAACCAGCUCACCACGACAGAGAAGGAGGUACGGUGUGAUCCCUCAAAGCAUCUUCUUGGGCGUUUGAAAUCUUAUAUAUAAUCUUGCUUUGUGCAAGAUAAGAACAAUGAUGCCCAUUCGCUUUAAUUUUCAAUUUAGUCUUGAUAAUCUGACUCUGGUGUGGCAUGAAUCAUGUAGAUUAGCUUUCAUUUUUAAUACCAUCCUAAUAUUCAACUCUUGUGGUAUGAAUCUUUAGCUUUGCCUUUGGAUUAGGUCUUAGUAAUGUCUUCGCUGUGGCAUCAAUGAUCCACAUUGACAGCUCUAUUCCUCAAUUUAAUUUCCAUAUUUGGACAUCCGAUGUAGGUUUACCAGGAGAAAGGAAUGAGAGACAAGGAGCGAUAUCUGUCUGAGAUGAUGGAGUACAGAAAGUCAAACGCUCCGCAGCCCAGCUGA